CCGUAUCUCUGCACUGUCCCGUGCAUUGCUACCAGCAUUGAGAGCGACCGACAGCAGUGAAAUAUACAUCAAGCGACCGAUUGGAAGCUUGAUCUGCUUGACGAAACGAUGGGCUUCACAAAACCGCCUGUUCAGGCGCUCAAGGCUGCCAACAAGCUCAAGCGACAAGAACUCUUCGUCCAGCACAAGAAGGCGAAGGACAAGGAGCGUCAUGAGGAGCGGCAUCGUCGCAAGAAGGAAGAAAGCCGCGACCCAUCACUGAAAGCUGCGCGACUGGCAAAGAACAGGGCUGUCACAUUGGACGAGAAGCGAGUGUGGGACGACGGCGACGAUGACAGCCUCGGCGCAGUCGUGGACCUGGAACAGCUGAGGAAGCGGCGCAUUGCGGAAGCCGAGGCCGAGGAGCAGGCUGCGUUGGACGCAGAGAUGAAGGACGCAGAAAGCGAAAACGAUGAUGGCGAUAACGACAGUAUGCUGGAUACGGACGACGAGGACGAUGAGGAUCGGCAAGCCGCGAGGGAGCGGCAGCGGGAGAAGCGCGCGGCGCGAGACAACAGCAUUGCCCCAUCCACGACGAGCACGAACCUUGACCUGACUCCUUCCUCACUCGCGCUCAAGUUCCCCUCACUCUUCUCUGACGUUCCGCCCCCGACGCCUAAGAUACUCGUCACCACGUCCCUUAAUUCCACAAUCCACGACGAGGCGCAGCUCAUCUCAACCCUGUUCCCCAACACGACAUACAUUCGCCGCUCGGGCCACCGCUACGCUUACAAGUACUCCCUGCGCGAGAUUUGCAAGUUUGCGACGAAUCGCGACUACACAGCAGUCGUCCUCAUCAAGGAGGACCUCAAGAAGCCUACAGGCAUGUCCAUUGUACACCUCCCCUCCGGCCCGACGUUCCACUUCAGUAUCUCGAGUUGGGUCGAGGGCAAGAAACUUCCCGGCCACGGCAACCCUACCAACCAUUACCCUGAGCUUAUUCUCAAUAAUUUCAAGACGCCGUUGGGCUACCUCACGGCAAAGAUGUUCCAGACGCUCUUCCCGCCGCAGCCCGAGUUUCAGGGCCGACAGGUCGUGACCUUGCAUUGCCAGCGCGAUUUUAUCUUCCUCCGUCGCCAUCGCUACGUUUUCCGAGAAAAGCGCACGACGGAAAAGAACAUCGUUGGCGCAGACGGCAAGGAGGUCAAAGGAGUGGAGGGCCUCCGAGUCGGUCUGCAGGAACUGGGCCCGCGAUUCACCCUGAAGCUAAGAAGGGUAGAUAAGGGCAUCGGGCGGGCGGGAAGCGAAGGGAGCGACGCCACACAAUGGGAAUGGAAGGCCAAGAUGGAGAAGGAUCGCAAGCGCUUCAACCUGUAAUUCGCGUUGGACGGCAGGCAUAUGCACUGUGUAAUUGGCGUCUUGGAGCGAUCUGGUCCAGCAUUUUUUAAUGGCCAGAAAGAUUCCGGCAAUCAUUUUGUUUUCAAAGUAUUGGCAAAUGUUGAAACUCAACUGAACUGUGUGUUUACAACCCAUUAUGCCAUCAACGACUUCUAUCAUGUCCGAUUUUAAUGCCACGAACUUCAACUUAGCCGGAAAAUACGCCUAACUCGCGACGGAACGAGAACAGGUCAAUGAAGCUUGCUGUUGUGCUCGAGCAUGGCGACGGAAUACCUGGCGUAUGUCAGCGCGGACAAUGGUUGCAGGUGGCAACACUCACGCGAUAAUACCAAAUAUAGCAACAACUACACCGGCC